AUGGCAGCACCAAAAUCGUUUCACCUACUUCACACCCUCAGCCAGGCUGACUCUCGGCAGGAACAGGCCGACGCCAAAGGCAAUGAGGUGGCUGCCAUGACAGAAACCGAGGCCCACCGAGGGUCCAACACGGCUAGGGCGGGACUUUACGCUGCGGGCUCUGUCGGAGACGGACGGGUUUUAAAGGAACCGUCGACGGCGGCCGCAGGCUUGCCCCGCAGCCGGGGAGCGAUGGCGGCCGGGCCAGGCCAGGGCCCCGGGGCCGGCGGGACGGUGAAGACGCUGGCCCUGGUGCUGGAGGACGAGGCCCGGCGCGGGGGAGGCAGCGGCGGCUACUGCAGCGGGGACACGGUAUCCGGCCAGGUGCUGUUGGAGCUGGCGGGUCCGCUGCCGCUCCGCGGGCUGCACUUGGAGGCCGCCGGUCGGGCCCGCGUCGCUUGGAGCGAGAGCUCGGGCGCUGUCCCCGGGGCGGGAACCUGGGGGGUGGCGGUGAGGGCGCCAGGGCCGGGACCACGGCGGGAGGCGGAGGUGCGGUACCUGGACAUCCGACAGAGCCUCCUGCGGGAGCCGUCUGAAGGUGAGGAAAGCUUAAUUCUUCUAGAUGGAAGACACGAAUUUCCUUUCAGCUUUCAGCUCCCCCAAGAACCUCUGGUGACCUCUUUUACUGGGAAGUAUGGCAGUAUUCAGUACUAUGUGAAAGCAGUUCUGGAGAGACCUGCAGCACCUGAUCAAAGUGUACAGACAGAGCUUCAGGUCAUCAGCCAUAUUGAUGUCAGCUCACCAGCUUUAUUGACACCUGUCCUAAGAAGUCAGGAGAAGAUGGUUGGCUGUUGGUUUUUCACUUCUGGGCCAGUGUCUCUCAGUGCCAAAAUUGAGAGGAAGGGAUACUGUAAUGGGGAAGCCAUACCAAUCUAUGCAGAAAUUGAGAACUGCUCUUCUCGUUUGAUUGUUCCAAAAGCUGCCAUUUUCCAAACACAAACUUACUUGGCCAGUGGGAAGACAAAAACUUUCCGUCAGAUGGUUGCCAAUGUUCGAGGAAACCAUAUUGCCUCUGGGAGUACAGAUACCUGGAAUGGGAAAACUCUGAAAAUCCCACCUGUAUCCCCCUCUAUACUUGACUGCUGCAUUAUUAGAGUAGAAUACUCAUUAGCUGUGUAUAUCCAUAUUCCUGGUGCUAAGAAAUUGAUGAUUGAAAUGCCUCUGGUGAUUGGCACUAUUCCAUGUAUUGGAUUUUCAAGCAGAAACUCCAGCAUUACCAGCCAGUUUAGUAUGGAUAUGAGUUGGCUAGCAUUGACCAUGCCAGAACACCCUGAAGCACCACCAAAUUAUGCUGAUGUAGUGUCUGAAGAAGAGUUCUCCAGACAUGUGCCUGCUUAUCCACUACCAAUUGACUGUGAGGAACAACUGUGUUGUCCUGUCUUUGCUUACAUACAAGAGUUCCGGUUUCAGCCUCCACCUCUUUAUUCAGAGAUUGAUCCCCAUCCAACUGAUGUAGAAGAAACACAGCCAGUUUCAUUCAUGCUCUGAAGAAGAUUUGUAAUGAGCAUUAUGAUGAAUGUCUUAAUC